GGGAGGUGCACAAGGGACUCUUGCACAUCAUUGGUCUGAGAAGGUCUCCAUGCCCUUAAAGAGAAGGUGGAUUUUCUGCUGAGCCACCCGAGAAGCCCUUUUAUACCUCCUUAUUCAGUCAGCUGUCUGCAGCUCUCCAGUCCGUCCUGUCUGGCCAGUGGGACUCUCUGAUUUUCUCCUCCAGACUUGGGCUCACAACCAUCUAAAGCAAGAUGUCUGAUGACGAGAAAAAAAGGAGGGCAGCCACUGCCCGUCGGCAGCACCUGAAGAGUGCUAUGCUCCAGCUUGCUGCCACUGAAAUAGAAAGAGAAGCAGCUGCUAAAGAAGUGGAAAAGCAAAACUACCUGGCAGAGCAUUGCCCUCCUCUGUCACUCCCAGGAUCCAUGCAGGAACUUCAGGAGCUGUGCAAAAAGCUUCAUGCCAAGAUAGAGUCAGUGGAUGAGGAGAGGUAUGACACAGAAGUGAAGCUACAGAAGACUAACAAGGAGCUGGAAGACUUGAGCCAGAAGCUCUUUGACCUGCGGGGCAAGUUCAAGAGGCCGCCCCUGCGCAGGGUGCGCAUGUCCGCUGAUGCGAUGCUGCGGGCCCUGCUGGGCUCCAAGCACAAGGUCUGCAUGGACCUCCGAGCCAACCUGAAGCAAGUCAAGAAGGAGGACACCGAGAAGGAGAAGGACCUCCGUGAUGUUGGUGACUGGAGGAAGAACAUUGAGGAGAAGUCCGGCAUGGAGGGCAGGAAGAAGAUGUUCGAGGCUGGCGAGUCUUAAGCACCUGCCUCUCCACACCCAUCCUCCGCUCUCUCCUGUCCUCACCUUCCCCCCGGGGCUCAAGGGCACUGACUGUGUGCCGUUUUUCUCUGUUUUUGCGAAGAGCUGCAUCCUGGCAGCAGCAGUGUAAAUAAAGCUUUGGCAGGA